GGCAGUGACCGCCCCGGCCCCGCCGCCUGCCGGCCCCCGCCCGAGUCUCGCCGAGGAUGGCGGCGGCGCCGGGGCCGGGCUCGGGGAGCUCGGGGAGCCCGGUCGCCCCCUGAGCCAGCCGCCGCCUCCCCGGAGCAGCCCCGCAGCUCUCCCCGCCGUGAGACCCCGCUCCUCCCCGCAGGACACAAUAUAGAACUAUGAUAGCAACCGGCGGAGUCAUAACAGGACUGGCUGCCUUGAAAAGGCAAGACUCUGCCAGAUCUCAGCAACAUAUAAAUCUUGCCACAGCACCAGCUUCUGAGGAGAAGAAACCAGUUAGACGCCGGCCCAGGGCAGAUGUAGUCAUUGUCAGGGGCAAAAUCCGACUCUAUUCUCCAUCGGGGUUCUUCCUUGUUUUGGGAGUGCUUAUCGCAUUCUUGGGAAUUGCAAUGGCCAUUCUUGGAUACUGGCCCCAGAAGGAACAGCUUUUAGGAUCUGAAGAUAAACUAUCAGUAAAUGAAACUGAGGUCCUAAGAAACCAAGGAAGCAUUUUACUUCGUUUCUUUGAACAGCAUGUGCACUCAGAUAAGAUGAAAAUGUUGGGCCCUUUUACUAUGGGCAUUGGAAUCUUCAUUUUUAUCUGCGCAAAUGCCAUUCUACACGAAAACCGUGACAAAGAAACAAAAAUCAUACACAUGAGAGACAUAUACUCCACUGUAAUAGACAUCCACACCCUGAGGAUCAAGGAACAAAAGCAGCUGAGUGGUGCCUUUGCUGGCUUGUUGGGGGAAGGAGAACUUGGGCAUAGUGGGAGUUCAUGUGCAUCACGGCUGGCUGCAAACACGAUUGCACCUUUCUCUGGCUUCAAGAGUAAUUUUAGAAUGGAUAGUUCUGCUGAAGAAGAGGAGAUCCCCCUAAAUGAAGAUAGGACCACUGCUAGCCUCCUACCACCUCUGCUGACUGACCAAUCUGGUUCAGUCUUUGGACUUUACCCUCAUUCCAGUAAGGCUUCAGAUGACAAAAACACUAGUUCUAUAAAGUGUGAAACAAAGUCCAUUGUAUCAUCUUCUAUUAGUGCUUUCACACUGCCAGUAAUUAAACUAAAUAACUGUGUUAUUGAUGAGCCCAGUAUAGACAACAUAACCGAGGACUCAGAGGUCACAAAGAGUUGGUCCAGAAAUCUGUCGAUGGACUCUCUGGCCAUUCCAUUAACUGACACCAAGGAAUCCUGCAAACCAGCUGCGGCCAUGCUAUCACGGCAUAAUUCAUUUGUGGACACUCCACAUGAUCAGUUCAAAUCUUCUAUGACCAUCGGACCAAGUACAGGAAAGCUUUUAUCCCCUGGUGCUGCCAGGAAACAGUUUGGGUCCAACACAUCUUUGCAUCUUCUGUCUUCACAUUCAAAGUCCCUGGAUUUGGACAGGGGUCCAUCUACACUCACUGUCCAAGCUGAACAAAGGAAACAUCCCAGCUGGCCCAGACUGGAUCGGAGCAACAGUAAAGGAUAUAUGAAACUAGAAAACAAAGAGGACCCGAUGGACAGGUUACUUGUGCCACAAGCAGUGGUCAAAAAAGACUUUACCAAUAAAGAAAAGCUUCUUAUGAUAUCGAGAUCUCAUAAUAAUUUGAGUUUUGAACAUGAUGAGUUUUUGAGUAACAACCUAAAGCGGGGAACUUCAGAAACAAGGUUUUAAUAUUUAAAUUGCAAUUUACAAUAUAUUCAACAGUAUUUUUUAAAAAACCAUUUUGACAAAUGUUUCCUUCUCAGCGAAACUAGAACAAGCCUGUUUUUAUCUAGAUGAUUAAUAGCAUAUUAAUAUUGGCUUGUGUAAACAGAGAUCUUUGUCUUUGUAAGUCCAAGAGUUUUUUGUCACAGUAACAUACAGCUGCAAUACAGUACAUUAUCAUUUCUCAGAGAGUUUUGGUAUGACUUAUUACAUUUUUUUCCAAGUCAUUAUUCCUUCUGUUCUAUACAAGCAUGUUACUUUCUAUCAAUUUGACUCCAAAAACCUGCAUUAGAAUUAAAAGUUCCAUUUACCUGUAGGUUCUACUUAUUUAAUGACUGCAAGAGUCUAAAAAUUGUGUUUGCAGUCCAGAAUGGGAAGUGAGGAGAAAUACAUACUGGAAUUGUCAAAUUCAGGCCUUUAUCUUUAUCCUUGGUGUUGUCUUUCACAUAUAAUACACCUCAGUAACAACAAUCUUGCCAUUACCAUUGUGAGAAUCUUGUUUACGUAUGGGGGUGGGUGGAUAGAAAAGAGUGGGUAUCAAAACAUUUUUGUGAAUUCAUUGUAGUUGGUCAAGUUGAAUACCGGUGUUGUGAAUUAUUAACUAUGCUUUGUACUAUAAUAUUUCUACAUCCAUUAUGAUUUAAUCCUAAAAUUCCAGGAAAGCAUACAUAAAGUAAGAAAUCUGAAAAUUCUUCUGGGGUUAGUUCUCUAAAGCAUUUUGAUUGGCAGCAGUUUUAAAAUCAAAGUAUACUGAUUAAAAUCAUAGGGACGUAAUGAAUGCUAACAGGGUUUUAGAAACAUAGUAUAUAGUAAAAUGAUAUCAUGACAUGAAUCUGAAGAGAAUAAUGGAAAAUGAAUAUAUUGCCUCUCAUUACAAUAGCAAGAUGCUAAAUAACUAGGUCUCUGUGGUCAAGAUACUGAUACAAAGCAUAUAAUUCAAUAUGUAUACUAAGUAUUACAAAAGCCCCUUGCCUAAAUUUUGAUGUAUAUAUUUCACAUAAUUAUUGGGAUGGUGGUUCAUUGGAGGCUUAGCUGGGGUAAUUUGCAUUAGAAGAUUUUGCAAAAGGAAGUGACAUUUAAAACAAUAUUUUUCUCAGCAGAGUAAGUUCCUCAGUUGACAAUUGUAGGCUAUUGUUAAAGAAAAUGAGAAUUUGAAUGUGCAUACCAGAAAGUUUUUGUGUAUUUCAUUAAGGUAUUUAGGCCGUGAUCCUGCCAUGACAGCCAUGCUAGAGAAUGUCACUUCUAGUUGCAAGGCUCACUUAACAGGAAGUUGGUUGUAUGUGGUCAUUUUGGAUAUAUUCACUUAAAUACUCAGGAAUUGUUUUUAACGGCUUCUCCCAAAAAGAAUCAAGCCUGUUAAACUGUAGUUGUACUUCAGUUGGUUAUGAAAGAUCAAAGAUAAAAUACAUACUCUCUCUCUCCUUUUUUAUUUUUAAAUAUUCAGCUCCAGAUUUCAACUGCGCAAUGUUUAUGUAUCAAGAGCAUUACUUGCUCAGUGAAUUGAGGCAUAGUGUUAACUGUUAGAACCUCAAGCCUAUAUAUUGUAACAGAGUUGGCUAAAUAUUUUGCUAUGAAGCUUUUAAUAACUUUCCGGUUUGUGUUCUUAAGACAUUUGCUAUUUUUUGAAACGAAAAUAAAAUGUAUCUCUACAUAUAUCUGCUGUUAAGACAUGUUUUUCCUCUAUAAUCUCAAAUCCUCCAUAUCAGAAUAUAAUUAUCAUAAUAUUGUACAUAACAUUAUGCUUAAUAUAUUAGCCUUCCACUAGAUAUUUGGCUAUGACUAAUUAAUUUCAAUGACAUCCCUCCACAUGUAAAGGUUGAAUUUACUGUGUUUCUAAUAUUUUUUUAAUGUAAUGUGAAUUGUAUUCAAAAUGCUUUUGAUAUAAGGAAAUUUUGUAUAAAAAGAACACCUUGUUCUUUUUAGUUUGGCAGUACGUUUUGAAAAAUGGAAACUAUUAUUGAAAAGACGUGAAUGAUGUAAGCUUUUAUUUCCUGAAUAACUAAAUUAAAUCUUAGCUUAAAAGAC